AUGCUUGCCUCGCUUUUCCGCCCCAAAGCACGACGUUCGCAAUUUGAUCAGGAUCAUUUACCUCACUCGACGACGGCAGCUCCCAGCGACAGCUUGCCGUGGCUUCACGCGUCAGAUCGUCGGAACGGAGGACGUGUGCGACAAGCUAGAAACCGCGAAGACGGUCGUGCGCUGGGACUGGGUGAUAUUGACGAGGACAUGGUCCACGAUUGGGUAGGCGAAGACGACGAGGAUGAUGAAGGACAUGAUGACGAGGAGAAUGGACACCUGGAGUCGGCACCACUGCUGCCCAGAUUCUCAACCUCAGAUCUCGAUUCGCUGCCCGUGUACGACCUCACUCAUGCUAUUCGGCCCCUCAUUGCCUCCCGAUGCGAAACAACCCUGACCUGGGAGCAGCUGCGUUCCCCGCAGGUAUCGCAGUUCUUGGUCAAGCCGAUCCAGCAAAAAAUCAUGUCCACCCAUUUUUCACGAGCCACCCUUUACGCUUUGAUGGCGAACUGCUUGCAGUUCGAGAAAGAAAUCCAUCUCAAUCUUGGAAAUAGCGGCGCUAGCCAGACCCGUGCCAUGGUCAGCGAGUUACUGGCGAUUAAGCUGCUCAGAGAGUACGAAACACGAGAACUGAUCGAUGCCCUGUCAUACGAAUUUUACCCGCUUCAGGGACAAGACCCGACGAUGGCCUGGGCCUCCGGAUUCCAGGGCAAGCGAGAAGCAACCACCAGCCGGGUCUCAUGCCUCGAGGUGGCUAUUCGAGCCCAGGCAAAGCGUUUUCUCUCCCAUCCGGUCGUCGUGCAGCAGUUGGAGGCAAUAUGGGCUGGAACCAUUGUAUUCCACUCGGCGGCGGAUAAUUUGCAUCGGCGCAUCCAGCAACGAGUCAUGCAUCGCGGCAUGAAUUACGGGAGCUCGGCUGACCGUCACAGCGACCAGGCCAACUCCUCCGGGGGCCAGACCUUCCGUCGUUCGGUGACACUCUACAACCCGCGAGAUGCGUCCCUGUUCAAGCUGUCCCGUCUGCGAGUUCCACGUUACCGCCAAUUCCUUUCCACCCUGUCCUUUGCGGUUCUCUUAGGUCUCUUUCUAGCUGUACUGCAGCAACGGAGCCGACAGAUCACGUCACUUGAGGUAGUCUUUUGGUUUUGGAGCGCAGGCUUCCUGCUUGACGAGAUUGUUGGCUUUAACGAGCAAGGGUUCAGCCUUUACUUGAUGAGUUUCUGGAAUGUCUUUGAUCUCGGUAUUUUGCUUCUGCUUGUGUGCUACUAUUGCCUCCGAAUUUAUGGGGCCUUCUUGACAUAUCCCAGAAAUCGUCAAGUCGCCAACCGGGCUUAUGAUUUACUGGCCUGCAACGCGGUGUUGCUGUUUCCCCGCCUUUUCUCAAUCCUUGACCACUACCGCUAUUUCUCGCAGUUACUCAUCGCUUUCCGAAUCAUGGCAUCCGAUUUGAUCGCCGUGUUUGUCUUGAUUGUGGUCGCCUGCAGUGGGUUCUUCGUCGCUUUCCUGUCCUUUGGCUCAGAAAACUCCCCUAAUACGGUCGCCUACGCAUUGUUUCAGAUGCUCAUGGGCUUCACACCAACGGCGUGGGCUAUGUGGAAUGAAUACAACGCUCUGGGCAAGACCAUAUUGACCAUCUUCCUCUUCAUCUGUCAUUUUGUCGUGGUCACAAUUCUGAUCACUGUCCUCACAAAUUCCUUCAUGCGGAUUGUACAGAAUGCCGACCAAGAACAUCAAUUCCUAUUCGCCGUAAACACGAUCUCGAUGGUCAAGUCGGACGCACUCUUCUCUUAUGUUGCCCCGACCAACAUCAUUGGGUGGCUCCUCACACCUCUGAGAUAUCUGAUGCCGUUUACCCAAUUCAUCCGACUGAAUCGAACAAUUAUCAAGAUCACCCAUCUUCCAGUGCUAUUCACGAUCUGCCUCUACGAAAAACUCAUUCUGAGCGCUCGGGAGAUCGAGCCGAUCGGACAGGUUGAUGCACUUUCUCGCUCGGAAGCAGACAACGGCGAAGGCUGGCGUCCAAAUAGAUUGCGUGCCUUCAGCAAUCGCCCACGUCUCGUUCGUGAGCCCUCUUUUGCGACAAACCACAAGGAUCAAGCGUUGGAGGAGGUGUUUCGACAACCUUUUGGAGACAGUGGCUCGCGCGAUCGCCCGAGGAUUAUUCGUGACCGUCAGAAGAGUACUGUGAUCAAGGACUGGAUGCAGGACAUAGGAUCUGGUGCAGCUCAAACGCCAGAGGAGCAAGAAUCAGCUGCGGGCGACAUGCUUGAAAUGCCAAUCCGUCGACUGAAAUUUCCCUUCCGAAGCUCCCUGGCAGCCUCUGGGCGCAACUUCACAGAAACGACUCGUUCUGUAGCAUCUAACCCAGAGGACCGGACUAGCCGCAUGGCGAGCCCUGUUUUCCACCGUCGCGGACGAAAUUUGGUUUCGCCCAGCCGCAUUCGACAGCCUUCUCAUCACACCGACAUGGAGGGUGACGAUGAGCUUACGAGUGAUGAUGAUAACGAAUCACAGAGGAAGACUUCGGCCAAUGGCUCCCGGAGCGGAAGUGAGGCCAACGUGAAGCGAGUCGGCAGUAGUGAGAAGACCACUCCUAAAUUUUACAGCUCGCGGCCAUCAACAGCGCGCGUUUUGUCCCGUCGCAGCAGUCCCCUGCGUCGUCCAAGGCAUAGUCGAACGGUGUCCGGGGCUACCAUGCUUUACAAUCCUAUUCGUUCGCCCCGCUUAGGCAGCGAUAAGGAUCGGAACUCGCAUCGGGAUGAAAGCGCGUUCUCGGAGGACAACGAUCGUUUGCCCUACGUAUCUACCUCCGUGGAUCAGGGUGCUGUUGGCCGAGCAGUUCUUUCUCGCAACAGGAGUUUCGCUCCAAUGUCAGUGCCUGAAACGGAAGGCCUGUACUUAUCGGACCAGCCCCUGGCGAAGGGUCGUCAACGACCGCUUUUGUUUGAUCUGGGCUCCGACCUCGGCGACAACAAGGCAGUCGUUGGAGCGUUCGCUGGGGCAGUUCCAUCAAGCUUCAACACCCAGCUAGCCUUUGCCACUGGUGGUCUUCGCCGUGAGGGGCCUAGUCAAGCCCAGACUCAAGACAUGCUCAGUAAGCUCGUGCUGGCCCGGAUGAACAAUAUCGAGGAGGGCUUCCGGGAGGUGAUCAAAGAGGUCAAGGACCUUCGUCUGGCCGGGUCUAGUCGUAGUCGCAGUCACAGCGGAAGUCGGGCCAAGGAAUCCCGUCCCUUGACUCGGGAGAGAAAGAAGACCGCAGAGAGAAGAGAUUUUAAAAAGCGCAGACCCGCUUCUUCCGGAAACAAUUCUCCUGGGCGUGAAGAAGACGACGCAAAGGACCCCGCCGAGCGAUAA